GCUCCUCAGUGGAAAAAAAAUAUUGUAAAAUGUCGAGGAAGAGAAAGUACAGCGAAGAUGACGACGAAGACGACACCUUUUACUACCGAUACUCCUCCGCACCAUCACCGGCGCCGUCGUCUUCCGCCACAUCCAAAAACGUUUCCACUUCAAAAUCCUCUCACGGCGGCGGCGGCGGCGGAAGCAGCGGGAGCGGUGGACUAGCUCCAUCAAAGUCAACAGUUUACGUGAGUAAUCUCGAUUAUACCCUGACAAAUUCCGACCUCCAUACAAUCUUCUCCACUUUCGGCAAGGUUGCAAAGGUAACUGUAGUUAAAGAUCGGGUCACUCGAAAGAGCCGUGGGGUAGCGUUCAUCCUUUUUGUUUCUAGAGAAGAUGCAAUUAAAGCUGUGAAAGGAAUUGACAAAAAAGUCCUGAAUGGACGAACCCUAACUGCGUCAAUUGCUUCUGAUAAUGGCCGUGCUGCUGAGUUUAUAAGGAAGAAGGUUUAUAAGGAUAAGAGUAGGUGUUAUGAAUGUGGGGAAGAAGGGCAUUUAUCGUACGAGUGUCCGAAGAAUUUGCUUGGACCUAGGGAGAGGCCUGAGCCACCGAAGAAAGGGCGGAGGGGUGGUGGUGGUGGAGGAGGAGGAAAGGCGGGUGAUGAGGGUAGGGUUGGGGAAUGGGAGGAUGACGAGGAAGAGGAGGAGGCGGAUGAUGAAGGGGGAGCGCGUUUUGAUGACGAUAAUUGGGCUUCUGUAGUGGAUAGAGGAGCAGAGGAGAGGUUAUUGAAAGGAGAUAAUGACGAAUUCAAGAAGGAAGCAAGGACGGAGAAGAGAAAAGGUUAUUUUAGUGAUGAGAGUGAUGAGGAGGAUUGACAUUUUUUUCUUUUUUCGCGGAAUUAGA